AUGCCCCAACAACCAACCAUCGUCUGGAGAGUAGGAAACUGGCUAAGAAACCGGAUCUCAUCACCUGAUGACGAGGGGAACGAACGCAUAUCAGAAGAGCACGAACAGCGCCGAGCAGAGGAAGUAGAACAUAGUCAAAGACGGAGGGUGAUAGAGUACAACUGUUGGAUAGAGAGACAGCGACGGAUUGAGCAUAACCUGCGAUUACAGAGGGAAAAUCAAGACGAGCUACGCAAUCCACGAAGGGGACCUUUUUUGUAUAGGCCGAACUGCUGCAAGUACCGGAGGGUGUGGAGAGAAUCAGUAGAAGUCUUGUCCUGGACAUCGAAGAGAGCGGAGUGA